GGGGCAGACCGGUACCUGCGAUGCCCAAGAGCUGCGUGGUAUGCGGGGCUGUGAUGAGGAGGGGGAGCGGCAGGAGCUUCCACAGGUUUCCUAAUGACCCUGUGAAGAGAUCAAAAUGGGUUUGUUUAACUGGCCGGGAGCAUUUUAUUCCUAAUAAAGAAACUGUACUGUGUUCAGAUCACUUUGAAGAUCAUUGUUUUGAUCGUACAGGACAAACUAUCAGACUUCGAGAAGAUAGCAUGCCAACACUUUUUGGAGGGAUCAGGAAGCAGCUUGGUGAGCAUGUAACUAAACUGUCUUUGAAGAGACAUUUUAAAGAAGUAGACAGUGCCUCUGUGUGUCAUGAAGGACUGACUGUGAUCUCUGAUCAUUGCUAUGCAUUAGCAUGCCCUGAGACUGCUAAAAAGAAGAUAGCAGAGUUGCAGCGGCAAAAUGAAACGUUAAAGAAAACUAUGAAAUCCAACAUGCAACGAGAACGGAGAUUGGCAAGGAAAUGGAGAGCAACAUGUAAUAUACUGCAAGGACUAAAGUCCCACCAAGGACUUAACCCUAGUAAGGCAGAGGAAGUGUUGGGAAAUAUUUUGAGUAGUAUCUCUAUGGAGUUUCUAGAUGAGAAAAACCCUCCUCUUAAUAUAUGUUGAAAACCAUAUUUAUGUAUAUUUGUAAAUACUUUAAUGUCUCUUGUGUUAUAACUCAGUGGCUUAUUGUAUGUCGUCAUUUUUUAAUAACACAUGAUGAUGUAAAGACGGACUUAGCCCUCACGACUAAUUGAGACUGUCUAAAGAGCUUGAAGAGGAGAUCUGUACAUAAUGUUUUACAUAUUAGU